CGGCAUUCGUUAAGUGAACAUUUUUCGCAAUCGCUUCUCAAGUUACCAUGGGCAAGAUUCAGCUGUACACCGCAAAGCUAAGCCCUCCGGGACGCUCAGUUGAGCUGACCGCAAAGGCUCUGGGAUUGGAUCUGGAAGUUCAUCCGAUCAAUCUGAUCGCAGGCGAUCAUCUGAAGCCGGAUUUCGUCAAGAUGAAUCCCCAGCAUACGAUUCCGCUACUUGUCGAUGACGAUGGAACGAUAAUAUACGACAGUCACGCCAUCAUCAUCUACCUGGUGACCAAGUACGGAAAGGAUGAUGCGCUCUAUCCGCAGGAUAUUGUAACUCGGGCCAAGAUCAACUCGGCGCUUCACUUCGAUUCGGGUGUGCUCUUCGCCAGACUUCGCUUCUACGUGGAACCAAUCUUGUACUAUGGAAGCACGGAGACGCCGCAGGAUAAGAUCGACUACUUGUACAAGGCCUACCAGCUGUUGAACGAUACACUCGUUGACGAUUACGUCGUUGGAAACAAGCUUACCCUGGCGGAUCUGAGCUGCAUCGCUAGUAUCGCUUCGAUCCAUGCUAUUUUCCCGAUUGACAAGACCAAAUACCCCAAGCUGGCUGGAUGGGUCGAGCGUUUGGAGAAACUACCCUACUACAAGGCCACCAAUCAGGAGGGUUCCGAUAUACUGGCCGCCAUGUAUCAUGACAGGCUUGCUCAAAAUCGUGCUGCGAAGAAGUAAUUAAGCAAUAAACUCAUGGUUUGAGUUGAAAAAAAAGACAAACAUUACAUUUUUAUCACAGUUAAGUAAACGAAUGCAAUCUGUCAA